AUGGAAGGAUCAGGUCCACGCCAAACCGGACAUCAAGAAAUUGAUGACUUGAAGAAGAAGCUGGGCCGAGCACAGCAAAAACGUCCUUCACCCAGCUCGGACACUAGCAGUGAUGAGGACAAUGAAUACAGGCGGAGAUCAAGAACCCCUCAAAGCGAGACUUUUUCCUAUGAGGAAGAGCAACCUCGCAAACGUGGCCACAAAAGCCCAUCUUACCAAGGCCUGGCCAACGAUGCCAUGAGCAAGGCCCUGGAUCGCAUCUCCCAGUCGCCUUUCACGCGUAGAAUAGAGGGGGCAGAGCUCCCUUGGCGGUUCCAUCAACCAACCUUUGCCAUAUACAAUGGUCGGACAGACCCAGUAGAACAUGUAAGCCAGUUUAAUCAGAGGAUGGCCAUCCAUUCCAAGGAUGAAGCGUUGAUGUGUAAAGUGUUUCCGUCUAGCUUGGGACCUAUGGCGAUGAGAUGGUUUGAUGGUCUUAAACCAAAUUCCAUAAAUUCCUUUAAGCAGUUGACACAGGCUUUUGGUUCCCGCUUCAUUACCAGCAACAUAGUCCCUCGACCCCUAGAUUCCAUCCUAUUCUUGUCCAUGCGAGAAGGAGAGACACUGAAAGCCUAUUCAGACAGGUACUGGGAAAUGUAUAAUGAGAUAGAGGGAAAUUAUGAUGAUGUCGCCAUUAGUACAUUUAAGAGGGGCCUGCCGACAGAGCAUGAUUUAAGAAAGUCUCUGAUUGGGAAGCCGGUCACUAGUGUGCGCCAACUCAUGGAUAGAAUUAACAAGUACAAAAGGGUCGAGGAAGACCAGCAGACAGGGAAGGGCAAAGCGAAGGUUGUCCCUCAGGAGAGGAGGGACUUCAGGUCGGACCGCAUUAUCAACAGUAAUAGGCCGAGAAGAGAUUACUCGGAACAAUCUGGAUCCACUAGGGCACAGGCAGUCCAUGUUGUGUUCCGAGAACCAUUACACAAGAUCCUAGAGGAGGUAAAGAGCGAGCCGUUCUUUCAGUGGCCAAGCAGGAUGGCAGGUGACCCCUCGAAGCGUAACCAGAAUCUGUAUUGCGCGUACCACCAAGAGCCGGGUCACACCACCGAUGAUUGUAGGAAUCUGAAAAACCAUUUAGACCGGCUUGUCCGAGAAGGGAAGUUAAGGCAUCUAUUACAUCACCCUGCGGGAUGGUAG